AUGCUGCUCACACUCAACAGGGUUUACAAUGCCGUCACAAGUCUGAGGAGAGCAUCACUGUUUGACCCAUCGUCCACACGCAAAGUGAUCAAACUGCAACGAUCUGUGCAAAAUGCUGUGAUGUCGCGCCUGACAGAGGCAGAUAAGAUGCUAUACAUCGACUGUGCCAUUCAAAUUUUGUCUUCCAGUUUUCCAAACUCGUGGAUGGAAAGGACAGACCAGCAAGGCUUUGGAUGGAAGUCAUGGCAAACUGUCAACGCAGUUCUACCGCAUGUUAAUCACCUCGUGGAACUAGCAAAAGAAUGUCCAUUCAAUCUCCCCAACAUGGAGCUAUUCGCGGAAUUGAUCUUCCGCACUGGAACAUAUUUGUGGGAACGUGAACAGCCGACAAAAGCACGUUGUCUCUUUGACUACGGUCUCUCUCUCCCAAUCGACCGCUGCACUGCAAAUUAUGCGCAUGCUUGGAGGCUUCUAGGUCACAUUGCACUAGAUCUAGCUCAACCAGAGUCCGCCUUGGGCGCCUAUCAGAAGGCUCUGAAGAUUAGACUCGAACUCGAGGAGAAUUCUCCUCCGAUUGCAGAAGUGUAUGAAUCAAUUGCCUGCAGUUAUACCGAGAUGGGAAAGGUCACCGAAGCCUUUGAAUACCUUUCGAAAGCCGAAGCUAUCCACAACGCCCACAAUCCGCUUCACAUGGCUAGAACGCAUGCAAUCUACGCUAUGACAUACCUCCGGGCUGGUCGGCCCGGGGAGGCACUGGAGGCGUUGGAGAAAUACUGGCUGCUGCAAAAUUUGACAGAGGAACAGAUCAUUAAUUCUGAGUAUCCAAAGCAUAGUGGCGAUAUUGUCCUGCUUGCCAGAAUCAAAUAUGCUCAAGGCCUACCGUCGGAAGCCCAGCAGCUUGCAUCCAAAACUGUCUCUAUUCGUCGAGAUCUCUACGGUGACCACAGCCCUCGAGUGGCGGACUCUAUGUUUCUGGUCACUCAACUGCUGGAAGGCGCCGAUGAACAUGCAUUGGCAGCAAAGAUGCUCCGCCAAAUCGUUGACCUGAGUCGAGGUGUUUCCGAAAUGCAAGGCCACCUCGCACGGUCCUUGUGGUUUCUCGGAAAAUUGGAGCGGCGAUUGGGUGAUAUUGAUUCCGCUGAGCGCCUGCAAGCCGAGGCAUUCAAUGAACGCAACAAGCUUGAUGGGAUCGGUCCUCUGAGUGAGAAUGUGGAUGAAUGUUUCACAAGCUUGGUGAGUUGGAUGCUCUGGUAG